AUGGGAAAACCUACAAAGCAACCAAGGUCGAAGGGUGGACUAAAACCAGCCAGUAGCAGUCGUGCAGCAGAGCUCUCUGGUGGUGGUAACGGUGGCAACAACCCUCUCAGCUUUCAAGAUCUCGGUGGAUUUGCACAGUUUGCUGGCCCUUCAGUAGCGGGCAUUGCUCUACCAGCGCGAUCGUCUUCGCCAUCUGUGGAUUCCGAUCCUAUGGCUUCUUCGGCUCAUUUGAACGCGGAACUAUUGGUUAUCCUGAAAAAGGUGUCAAAGCGUGAUGCUACCACCAAGCUCAAGGCGUUGGAGGAGCUCGAAUCGUACCUGAAAGAGAACACGAGCGACAUUUCAGCUAUUGUACCAACUUGGAUUCGCAUGUAUGGCAAAUUGACGAUUGAAGUGGAUCGCCGUGUACGAUUGGCCGCCAACAAUGUCCAUAUGCUUAUUGCAACAAACGCCAAAAAGAAGCUUGCGCCGCAUUUGAAGGAGUUUAUUGGUGCUUGGAUCCUCACUCUCUUUGAUCAAAGUCCAGAUGUCGCAAAGUGUGCAAAGUCAUCUUUUGAGGCUACCUUUGCUGAGGACAAGCGUCAAGGUGUUUUGGAAUUCUGUCAAAAGGAUAUUGUGAAUUACGUGGCAGAAAUCGUGUUGUACAAGACUCCUGAUACAUUGAGUGAUCCUAGACAUGUGUCAAAGGAGGAUAUGGCAUCUAAAUUUGCGAGAGUCAUUGCCGGAUGUUUCUGUACUCUUUGUCAUUUAAUGGACAAGCUGCCUUUGGAUAAGCGUGAAGAAUGCCUCGAAGACUAUGAGAACCUCUUUGAUAGCGAGACGCUUUGGAAGUUUGCAUCGCAUGAGAGCCCCAUUAUUCGCAAAGCUCUCUAUCGUUUUGUCAAGACAACCAUUUUGAAAUGGAAAGAUAUCCUAUCGCCAAGACUUACGGUGAUCUCUCCUGCUUUAUUCACCAGCUUCUUGAAAGAAAAAGAGCCAGCCACAUUCUCGGAAUUAUGGGAUGCCAUUUUGUUGCUUACAAAAGAUUACCCUGAGUCGUGGAUCCUUGCUGGUACAAAGAAGCCCAUCUUGCCAAAGUUUUACAAUUUCUUGCGGAAUGGUCUUAAUGGUGCUGUGCAUAUUGGCUACCCAAGUAUCUUGAUCCUGAUUGCCAACUUUCCUGAUGAGAUCCGUAGCACCAAGAACUUUUACAAGGAUUUCUUUGAGAAUUUCUGGACCGGAUUAUCCAGUGGAUGUAUUGAUAAGUCCAACUCGGUCGUGUUUGUGAAUGCCUAUGUCGAAUGCAUUGUUUACGUAUUGGCUUCAUUAAGCAAUUCUCCCGAAAGCCAGCAAUACAACGAUGACAUUGUUCACCUGACUGAAAAUGCAUUCACCGAUGCAAUCAAGGCCUAUCUGACGAAGGGCAAAAGUGUCAACCUCGGCGAUCAAGUUGCUCCUGUGCUGGCCAACCAGCUGAUUACAAUGGCCAAUAUCCAAAAUCUCCAACAGUAUACGGGAGGAUUCUGGUCCAAUCUUGAGCAUUGGUUGAUACAAACAGUGGUGGAUGGUACAUCGCCUGGUGUUCGCUCAAUGGAUAUUGAAGCCUUUUGCCGCAACACUGGUAUCCUCUUUGUGGAAUUCCAUGUAAAGCUUAACAACCUCGAGCAAGAGAAACGUCAAUCAUUCGACACCAAGGCAGUGGAUUGGGCAAAGCGUUUGGUAGAAGCAGCACUUGGAUCAAGCUUGGUUUUCAAAGAUAAAGCCGGAGCGUUCCUUCACCUUGCAAACAAGCUCAAUGUUGAGUAUUGGGAUCAAUUCAAGGAUGAUGAAUUUGAGCGUAAAAUCGUUGAUCAAGCCAAGCUCAUUGUUUCAUUGUUCUCGGAAGGCCAAGAGAGCACGUUAUCACCCCUCUGCUGCUUUUUUAUCAACGUGAUUGCAAGAUUGGGCAAUGGUGCAUCGGCUCAAGAAUUAUGGUCGUGCGUACUGGAUAAGCUUGUGUCCAUGGAAGCGGGCCAAAGACAAGUGAAAAUCCUCAUGUUCUUCUUCCAACAGAUUGCGGAUACACCAUCCACGAUUUCAUACCGCAACGAAUCGCUUGAUACAAUCUUUACCCAAUAUGCCAUUGACGAGCUUCAAAAGGAAACACCAUCCAUGGAUCGAUCCGAAGUGGAACAACUUGUUACGCUUGGGUUGACAGUGCAGUUGUCGAAGGAGAUUUUGUCCAAGGAAGCAUUGGAUCGGAUCAUCACGUCUUAUCAAGAUAUUUUGGCCAAGCUGAAUCAGUGUUCCUCUACUACAAAUGGCAGCAUUUCGGCAAAGACCCUUUUAUGCGUAUUGUCGGUGCUCAGCAUCUUCCAUGAUCUCAAGACUGAAACCAUGAGAGAACUUUUGAAGAUCCCUGCCGCCAAAGAUAUCCCAACGGAAAUCUUUGCGGCCAUGUUCACCAAGCCAACGACAGCUGUUGAAGGCAUGGAGGAGGAUAUUGAACGUAUUUCCAAAGUCGCAUCUACAGUAUGGGAGACCAUUAUCGCUGGCUAUGCCGCUCAUCGCACCACGCUCUCAACUCCUAUCCUUGCACGCAUCAAAAAGAAUAUUACCGAUGUCAACCACGGUGCUAGCCCAUCAGAGCUGGUGAAGCAUAUGCAAACACUCACAUCGACGCUUUAUGUGGCCAAUUCUGAAAACGAGCAAGCAGCUAUCACCGAUAUCGUGGGCGACUUGACACAUUGGAAGAGCUUGCGAGCACCUUUUAAUCAAUACACAACAAGCUUUUUGACCGUUGGCAUCAUUGACAACUAUGCUGGAUUGGUGAACUCGCCCCUUGUGGAUGAUGAUGAGAUUACACCUGUUCGCUACGACAUGUAUGGAUUGAGCAGCUAUGCAAGGAUGAUUGUGUUUAUUGCCGAGUAUAUUCUCCAAACCGGUGUUGCAGAAUUCUUCAAGGAUGAUGGCGAUUCGAACCGUGAUUGGAUCCUUUAUCAGUUGAUGCUUGCAAGUGUGGAGUGCCAAUGGGGUUUAGCUGUUCCCGGCAGCUGUCGCGUGUGGGAUAACUCUGUUGCUGCAAGCUCUAUGGGCAUUCAAGCAUUUAUCCAACAUACCGAGUCGAUUUUGAACCAUCGUUUGGAUUCUCUGGUUGCAGCUUCGGACGUUGGAAGCGAUUGGAGCGUGAAGCUUUAUGAUCAUGUCGUCAACAAGACAUCAUCUAACGAUCCACUCAUUCUAUUUAUUGGAUACAUCAUGCGUUCGGAUUAUAUAUCGGCAGAGGGUGCUCUCGAUGAAGAAAUUACUCCUGGCCAUGCAGCUGCAGCAAGGAUUCUCGAGACAUUCAUGAAGCGUUUGACUCUAUCUUUGGGAUCUUCCAAUGGCAUCCAGAGCUGGUUGGAUACCUUGAAGGCUGAAUCUUCGCAUUUCCAUUUGCCAACCAAGGUCGCACUUUAUGCAUCACUCAAACAUGCUUUUGCUGAGAACAUGCAAUACAAGAACCUCCAGAGUGACUUGACUAGCAAGCUUUCAGGUGUCUCGAGUAUCGAGCAAUUCAAUGAAGAUGAAACAAAGGCGUGGACUCUCAUUGUACUUCUCAAUGCCUCAUCACUCAAAUUCGGCGCAUUCGCUAUUCCUUCACAACGAUUGAUGCACCUUUUGCUUACCGUUCGGAAAUGGUUUGAUGAUGAUGCCGCUCUCAGCGAAUUUAGUCCACAUCACCGUACUCGUAUCACUAUGCAAUUGGCUCAACUCUUUGCAAAUCUUGCCGAGUCUACUCAAGAGGUAUCGGGAGGUCAAUGGCAGUUUUUCUUGGAACGUAGCUAUGAAUGGAUUGCUUACUCGGAUCCUAAUGUGGAUGAAGAAUUGCCAAUCAUCUAUCAAGCUCUUGUGCUCCUCAAGACCAUGCAAAGAUUAUCGCAAGAAGGAAUCGAAGACCUGGAAAUUGCGUUUGCUGAGCAAAGGCAGAGUAUUGACAAGACAUUGUUGGAUUUGUUUGCUCGAGAAAAAGAUGUUCCAUUGCCGAUCACCAAACCAAGAUUACAAUUCCAAACACUUGUCGCUGAUUUGCUUGAGCAAAUACCUGAUGUUGUUUUGCAUGAAGCUUCAUGCAUCUCAGAGCUCUUUUCACUUUUGUUCUCAAGCAAUGAAGCUGUUCAAAAGCGUGCAUUCGAGUUGCUCAAGAAAUUUACCGCAAGCUUGGUUCAGGAUCUUUCAGUUAGUCUAGAAUUCUCUUCUACCAAUGACGAGGAUGAUUCAGCCAAGGCACCGAUUGCACCUGAUUUGCUUCAUAGCAUUCUUGAACCACCCAAUAUUGCCCGUUGGCAUUCAGCUCCCUUUGAUGACCAGCCGUUACACCAAGUUUCCGGUUAUUUGCUUUCCUGGCUCGUCAUGUUUGAACAUUUCAUCAACAUUACGUUCCGGCUUAAGCAAGAGUAUACCUCCCAGCUAAAGGAAAAGGAUGCUGUGGCAGCUCUGUUACCGUUCUUAUCCACUCUUUUGGGCGUGGGCGUUGGUCAAGAUAUCCAGCCAUUCGAUUUGAUGCCGUGGGAUAUCGAAUACUAUGAUAUGGAUGGAUUUGAUUCAUCUAUGGAGAUGAGCUACCAAUUACUUGCAGCACAUUUGUAUUAUCGGGCACUAAAGUACAUCCCAUCACUUGUGAGGCAAUGGUGGGUUGAUUGCAAGAAUCGACAGCUGACGAUCGGCGUGGAAAGCUACGUCGAAAAGAAUUAUAGUGGAGCGCUUAUCAACAGUGAAGUCAACUUGAUCAAUCAACCCGAAACAAAAUCAAUGUUGGAAGAUAACGACGACAAUGAAUUUACUGUAAAGGCGCUCAAGGCUGCCAACGAGGUUUCAGCAACAUACAGGGUGGAUGAACAAAAUAUGCAAAUUGUUAUCAGGCUACCUAGCAACUAUCCUUUACGGCAGAUUGACGUGGAGAGCGUUCAAAAAGUGGGUGUGAGCGACAAACAAUGGCGCGGAUGGAUGUUUUCGGUUGCAGCUGUGAUUGGAUCACAGAAUGGCAACAUUGUCGAUGCAUUGACCGUAUUCAAACGCAACCUCAAUCUUCAUUUCAGUGGUGUGGAAGACUGCACCAUUUGUUAUUCGAUUAUCAGCGCCCAAGAUCGAUCCAUACCCACCAAACAGUGCCGUACGUGCAAGAACAAGUUCCAUGCCAGCUGUUUAUACAAGUGGUUCCGCUCAUCCAACUCGGCAAGCUGUCCAUUGUGUAGAACCGUUUUUUAG